CUGAAGGUUACACACCGGGGGAAAGCUGGAGAGAAAUAAUCAGGCUUGGGGUUUGCUGAGGCUGCUGGGAGAGAUACCAGGCCGGAUGGAACCCUAAAAGAAAGGUUUCCUACUACUUUUGUGGAGACUUAAAAGAAAAUGGAGGAAUUCCGUGGAACAGUUGUCACUGAUCGGGAACGGCAGCAGUUCCGGGAGCGGUUAGAACAGUAUGAAGACAGACAGUUGAACCAAUUCCAUGAGUAUUUCCAGCAGGAUCUGAUCUACAUUGUGGAGUCGCUGGACACCCUGAGUCUGCUUGGGGAGCUGAAGGUCCGGACAGGCAUUAACGUGGAGCGCUAUCAGUCUAUAAAGAAGCAAUGUGGCGCCUCUGCAUUUGCUGAGAUGCUGGUAGAAGAUAUUUAUGAAUCUGGGAGAGACGCCGUGCUGGGAUUAUGGGAAAGUCUCUUUGUUCUACAGAAUGAUCACCCUCACCCCAACCUGCUGGGGGCGCUGGAUGAAAUCUCCCAACAAGACCACGAUCUGGCACAUUUCAUUUCAUUGGACAAAAAUGGCCACGAUCUACCCAAGGACCUGAAAGACUGCCAGUCGCAGCACAAGCGCAAUCUAUGGGAGAAAACGGAAUAUCUGAAAGAGCACGUCGCCCCAGGAUUAAACUCGGAGCAUCAGAAAUUCAACAUAUCUAGUCGCUAUUUAGACCUCAUUGUGGUCUCCAGCCAUCAGCUAAGGGCCCGCAGUGAGAAUGAAGUGAUUGCAACAGGGGGAAUCCAUGAACAUUACUUACAGAGAGCUCAGAGUAACCUGGAGAGGAUUAGCCCUAACCGGCUGUUCCGCUGGUGCCACAGAAAGAGAUGUGUGCCACAGGCAGUGCUGGUGAGCGGAGUGCCAGGGGUGGGGAAAACCACAUUAAUGCAGAAGUUUGUCUAUGACUGGGCCAAUGGGAACCUCUACCAGAGAUUUGCCUUUGUCUUCUUCUUCAAAUUCCGGGAUCUCAAUAAUAAGGAGGAGCUGAGCCUGGCACAGAUGAUCGUUGAUGAAUAUCCCUAUCUACACAGUCAGCUUGACACAAUCUUUAAACAUCCUACCCAACUGCUGUUUAUUUUCGACGGUUUAGAUGAAAGCAAAAGCCAAACGAAUUUCCAACCAAAUAACUGUUGCGCCAACCCGUAUAGCCAACAAGCUGUAAGUGUGAUUGUGUCCAGCUUGGCCAAUCAGACGCUUCUUACCGGCUGCUCCGUCCUAAUAACCAGCCGCCCGAGCAACCUAGCAACGACUGAAACUCGGUGUUUUCACAGGAUAUCUGAAAUUAUGGGAUUUUUUCCCAAACAAAGGGAAGAAUAUUUUCAAAAGUUUUUUAGGAACCCCGAAGUAGCCGAGAGCGUUUUUAAUUACGUAAGAGAAAACGGAAUCCUAUACACCUUCUGCUACAUCCCGUCCUACUGCUGGAUCAUUUGCACGGUGCUAUCAACUUGUUCUGAUCAAAACCAAAAUCGUCCCCAAACCGUGACGCAGCUCUUCGUGAUGUUUGUGGCCAAUGUCUUAGCCAAUCACAGUCACGAUGUGGACGGUGAAAUGCUGAGAUCCAUUGCACGGCUGGCAGAAGAUGGAGUCAUGAAUCAUAAUCUUGCGUUUGAUGAUGAGGCGUUGCGCAGUUUUGGGGUGGACACCCACUCACGCUUUCUGUCUAGCUUUAUGGUAGAAUGUGAUCAAGGGCCGCGUUCCUUCUUGCAUCUAACCAUACAGGAGUUCAUGGCUGCCUUGCUUCACUAUCUUGACUACUCCCCUGAUAGGCUACAAGACUCCCUGCUGAAGGCUAAAUCAUAUGAAGAUGGGCGUGGGGAAAUCUUUCUACGUUUUGUAUGUGGACUCUCCCACAUCAACACCAGAGCCAGGCUGAAGGCACACGUAGGGGAUUUAUCCACUCCGGCUUCCAAGGAUGUUAUCAGGUUUCUGCAGAGUGCUGUUACCCAAGUGUGGAAUCCGGAGAGGCCCGAUGCCGACAAGAGGAAGAUUCUCAACAUCUUUGCCUGCCUCACCGAGUCCCAAAACAAAGGCCUGGUGUCUUCGUCCCUGGGCUCCAACGGAAGAUUUGAGUUUUCUGAAUUCCACCUGGCGCCUCUGGACUGCACAGUGUUGGCUUUCAUCCUGGAAUCCUGUAGGGAAACAGAACUUCUAAACCUUGGUGCCUGUUUUAUUCAGACAGAAGGACUGGGAAGGAUUGCACCAGCUCUACAUACCGUUAUAGAUCUCAGUCUCGCUACCAAUAAUCUACGAGAUGAAGACGUUGAAUUCAUUUAUUCUAUGUUAACCCACCCACAGUGCAGAAUCAAGAAGUUGAGCCUAAGAAACAAUGGCCUGACGGAGGAAUGCUGUGGGCAGUUGGCCUGGGCCAUCAAAGAGAACACAUCCCUGAGGGACCUGGAUCUGUCCAAGAACAAACUGGCCGGGGAGGAUUUCUAUCAGUUGCUGGAGGUUUUUUCCGAUCCAACAUGCCAGAUAGAACAUUUGGCGUUACAAGAGGCCAAGCUGACCCCAGAAUACACCGAGUCGUUCCUCUCCCUGACUAACAACCGCAACCUCACGCACCUCAAUAUCAGCAGCAAUUUCUUUGGCGACGCUGGUUACCCCCAUAUACAGAAACUGAUACUGGAGCACCCAAGCCUGAGGGAGAUCAAGGUGGGGAUGAAUGACUUUUCAGAACAAACAGAGAGAAACCUUCUGAGGCUUAAGGGCCACCAACCCAAUAUGACCAUUAAUUUAUGAUGAACUGGGACCAGCGGGGAUGUGCUCUUGUUUAAUUCUGGUUCUGGUGAUGUGCAUGCCGGGGGGCGGGGCAUAUGCUUCUCCUGUCCCUCCCUUUUUAUAUGAACGACUGUCAAUCGCUGGCAGCACCACCUAUAUGGAGAAGAGCAACUUGUUGCACUGCAUUCUGGGAGUGUCUAUGGUCUGUAAUGCGGCCAGUCAUUUUGUUAGUCUCUCCCUAGUUACAUAUUAUUAGCACAUUAGUAGUAGUAGUAGGAAAGCUUUUGGAAGGGGUAAUAAGGGAUAGGGUACUUGAAUACAUUGCAGUUCACAAU